AUGGCAGAUACGCUAGCCUUUGCUCGAGGCUUGUGCGGUUUUGAAGGCUCAUCCCGGGUCUUUCUCCACAUCGGCUUUGCCCCUUCGCGUGAAUCGUGGUUCAAGGAGGUUGAUGGCCAGCAGACAGCGAUAGCCAGCGAUGCCAUGAUGAGCCCGGCCCCAGGUUGGCACACGCCCCCGUGCCUGCGAGUAGCAGCAUCUCCGGCCACAGCUCCGCCGGUCGUUCGUCCACCCUGUCCGGUGGUCGGCAGCACCAGCAGCAGCAGUGGCAGCCUCCAGUCCGAUGUUACCAGGGUACACCCAUGCGUGCACCCGCCCGUGCACCCGCCCGUGUUCACACAGGCGCCCCGGAACUGGACGCCGCCUCGACCCGGAGCCGAUGCCGCCUUCGUGCAGGUGUGCAGAUGGAAGCCAGCGGACUCCGGGGCAGAGACGGCCAGGGAGUCGGGCCUGCAGUGGCUGCUGAGGAACCCAUCGCCAGGACCAUCCCCGGCUCCCAGCAACAGCUUUACAGAGAGGUACUCCCAGAGGCCAUGGCCGGCACAUGAUGUGAUGGCCCUGCGAUGCUUGGAGCCACAGCAGGACUUCGUCGCGCAGCGCGCCCUCGGUUCUGAAGGCCCUGUGCCUCAAGACCAGUCCAGCAGCCUGGACCAUGCAUACCGGCACAGCCCCUCAGGGCCCCCCUACGGCGAAGAUGCCAUAGCUGCCUUGGCCGCAGGCAUCAGUGGAUCGGCAAAUCAUGUCCAAUCCUUCAACGAGUGCAGCAAGCUCGGCGUGGAAGAGCUUCUGCAGCUGUUGGCGGACAUCGCUGCGGCAUCCCGGCGCCAGAGCCAAGCCGCUGCCCGCAUGCAGGAGAAGAUGGAGAAGUACCGCCAGUCGGCCGAAAGCGUUACGCCCCUGCAGACGACUGUGGCGCGGCUCAGUGAGGCCCAACUCACGGUCCAAGGCUUGUAG